AUGGAAGAAAAAGGUCGUUUCAAAUAUGGUGGCGGUAGUGCUGCUCAAAGUUCCACGAUACAGCUUAUCGAUGCAUUCUUGAAGGUGGAGCAUACAGAAAACAACUUCCUAAUCGAACAGCGAGAGUAUAUGCCAAGAGAGCACCGCGAAUUACUCCAAUGGGUUGAAGAAGCUACUCCUAUACAAAAAACUACCCCAGGACGAGACGAAGCCCUUCAAGCACUUAAAAUAUUCCGUUCUAAGCAUCUCAACAUGGUUGCACAGUAUAUUCUUACACAAAUACAACAUCCUGCAUCUACAACAGGCACCGGUGGAACUCCAUUCAUGAAGUUUUUGAAGAAUGUAAGAUCUGACACUAAAUAA